GUCUGCUAAACAAGUCAAAUGUAAACUGUGAUUUUACUCAACAACAAUCAACUUGACUCUGGUAUGUACUUCGUAUCGUUUUGGAAUGUCUAUUGUUUGCUUUAAGUCAACGACUCCUGUGUGUACUUGAUUUGGAGUGUGAUUUUGUUGCAACAAUUAACACACUAGUCCCUAUCUAAAACGUGCUUAAGUGGGAUUUACCAAAUGGAAUACUGAAACAGACAACACCAAUCCAAAAUCUUAUUCUACCAUCAUGAAUUUGAGUCUGAAUCGACAGAUCACACUGGACACCCCAGUGGACUCUACCAUGUUUACCGUAGCGGCCAGCAACCUGAGUAGAACGACCAUUGUCGUAGAGGCGUCCCUGUAUAUCUAUAUAUGGGUAACCGUAGUAAAUGCUGUUAUCUUUCUCACGGGAGUUGUCGGCAACAUAAUGGUAAUAAUCGUUGUGAUCAAGGUGCGGGACAUGCGCACUACGACAAACUAUUUCCUUGUCAACCUGAGUAUAGCGGAUCUGCUUGUUCUACUCAUCUGUCAACCGUCCGCAUUACUCGAGUUCUACGCCAAGGACCGAUGGUACAUCGGACAGACGCUCUGUAAAGCCAUACCACUAUUGGAAAAUGCUGUGAUACAUGCCUCUAUUCUUACCAUCCUCGCCAUUACUACAGAACGAUUCAACGCUAUCUGCUUCCCUCUUAAGCGGACUCUCAAGUUCACGGCUCGGGUGGUUGUCAAGGUGAUCGCUGUGAUUUGGAUAGUAUCCUACGUGACGGCAAUGCCCUUUGUCUUCAUGACAUCCGUAGAGGACACGCGAUUUCUACGACGGUACACCAUGCCAAGUCUGUCGUACAAAAAUCGAGAAAAUGUGGCAUUAUGGCUACCUAUUGUCUAUGCUUUCCGUUUUCUUCAUUGUACCUCUCUUCGUUCUAGUUUUCAUGUAUGCCAAAAUCAUUCGUUGUCUUAUAUACGACUCUGCAUCAAUCUUAUCACACAAAAACCCCAGUUUAUUUAUAAUAUUAGGACACGCCAUCAGGUGGUACGCAUGCUAAUUGCAAUCGUGGUGUUAUUUUUCCUUUCGAUGUUUCCUUUGCGAGUAGUAACUUUGUGGAUUGUAUACGCUCACCCGCAAAACGUGGAAGCUCUCGGUAUGGAGGGCUAUUUUAAUCUCCUAGCUUUCGUCCGGGCAAUGGUCUACCUCAAUAGUGCUGGUAACCCAGUUAUAUAUAGUUUGGCCUCUACAAAGUUCAAACUGGCCGUCCGAAGAGUAUGGGGUACGUACAGUCCAGCGAGUGGUCAGCGUCUUUACAAGAAUAAGCAGCACGUGCACGGGAAAGAUUUGAGUCUGAAACGUUUCACGACAAAUCAGCUGGGCACUAAUAGCAACAAUUCACGGAGGAUAUGUAUAGAAAUCUCGUUUCAUUCCAUUUCAUAAUGACACGUGGUCGAUUUAAAUUUCCAAGAUAUUAGUUAAUGAAAACUGAUUCAAUGUCGGAAUAAUCCGAGGCAUUUUACUACAACUUAUCAGUAUGCAACUUCUUUUUAAACAUUGGUACUCUGUUAUGCAUUGUUUAACAUCAAUUGCGAGUUCUAAGCCUACGUGGGGCAGUUGCCAGUUACUGACUGUAGGCCGGUAGUUUUUCUCCGGGUACUCCGGCUUUCCUCCACCUCCAAAACCUAGGCACGUCCUUAAAUGACUCUGGCUGUUAAUAGGACUUUAAACAAAAACAAACCAAAGCAAAACCAAAGUUUAAAAUCAGUAUGUACAGAGUGGAGUGAAACAUUAUUGACCAUAAAGUCAGAAGAAUUAAAAUUCAAUUUGAUACGUUUAGAUAUUGUUUAUAAUGAGGAAUUAUUUGCAGUCUUCUCUUCAAGACCUCAGUUCUUUAAGAAGGCAGCACAUUCCGGAAUUCGCCUUUGAUACCUCAAUGGUACUCAAACAGUCUUAUGUCAAGUUUAGAACAUUUUUAAUUGUAACCCUGGAAAUACUAGCCGUAAUAUACCGCUCAGUCAGAGAGAUCUUCUCCUUAGGUCAAUCGGUUGAGCGUAAGACUAGUAAGCCAGAGGUCCCGGGUUCGAUCCCUAGCGUAGGCAGUUAUUUAAAUUUAAUUAGUCAUGCGCUCUAUG